UUUCUUGGUAAAUCUAAAAAUUUGUCUAUCUGUGUUUAAAGUUUUUUACAUUUCAAAACAAUUACGUUGCGGGUCAGCAAACCUGUCAAACAGUUCUCAAAGGAAAACAUAUUUUUAUAAAUGGGCAACGAAAUGUCUUCAUCGGCAAUGGAAAAACAUCUGUUUAAUCUAAAAUUUGCAGUGAAAGAGCUUGAGAGAAACUCAAAAAAAUGUGAAAAAGAAGAAAAGUUAGAAAAAGAAAAAGCUAAAAAGGCAAUCCAGAAGGGAAACAUGGAAGGUGCUCGGAUACAUGCAGAAAAUGCAAUACGGCAGAAAAACCAAGCAUUAAACUACCUCAGAAUGUCAGCAAGAGUAGAUGCUGUGUCAAGCAGAGUGCAGACAGCACUCACUACAAGAAAGGUCACAAAUUCCAUGGCAGGCGUAGUAAAAGCCAUGGAUGCAGCAAUGAAAUCUAUGAAUCUUGAGAAAAUCUCUACACUCAUGGAUAAGUUCGAGAGUCAGUUCGAAGAUCUGGACGUCCAGUCAUCGUACAUGGAGAAUGCUAUGUCACAAACCACUACCACCACGGUGCCGCAGGGUGACGUGGACAAUCUGUUGCAGCAGGUGGCUGAUGAGGCCGGUCUGGAACUAAACAUGGAGCUGCCGUCUGGUAUCCCGAGCACGUCGGUGGGCACAGCCACGGUCGUGUCGCAGGAGCAGGACGAUCUCACGCAGAGAUUGGCGAGGUUGCGGCAAGCCGAGUAACGUCUGUCAGAUUAUGGAGAUUCUGUACCAGU